UGGCGCAGUAUGUACACGUAAUAACACAUUGACCUACAUGCGUACUCACAGUCAGUAUAGUUCGGUUGUAUAAUGGAAUACAGCGAGAAGGUUGGACUUAUAACUGGAGGCGCUGAAGGCAUCGGUCGGGGAAUCGCGGAAAGGCUUCUAAUGAACGGCAUAAAGGGUGUCUGCAUAAUAGAUGUCAAUAAAGAUCUCGGAGAAGAGACGACUCAAUAUUUUAAAACACAAUUUGGUCAUGGAAGGACGCUGUUCAUACAUUGUGACGUCACAUCGAAGACGUCGCUGCGAGAUGCUUUCAAGAAAACUAAGGAGUGCUAUGAUCGAAUUGAUAUUGUAUGUAAUAACGCCGGAAUUGUUAAUGAGCUAGAAUGGCAAACGAUGAUGCACGUUAAUCUGUUUGCUGUCAUCGAAGGCACAUAUCUUGGCUUGGAGUUUAUGGGAACCCAGCACGGCGGCUUUGGAGGAACUGUUAUAAAUGUUUCUUCAAGCAACGGUGAUCAAUACACCAUCCAUAUAAAAUUGCGCCCUCUAACGGGGACUGGCUUUUGUGACGUUAAUCGUUCACUGCCUACAUUAUCUAUAGUCGUCCAAAGGGAUGACAUAAAAUCACAUCUUCAUAAUUUAGGGGAUCCUAGCUAA